CAGAUCAGCAACUUCAGUUCACUCACUAGUUCCUCUUCCUCCUUGUCUUUCAAUACAUGGCUCUCUCGAGUCCCAUCGUUGCGUGUCUUCUACUUGUCAUGCUUGGGCUUUAUCAUGUUGAUUCCCGCUCAGUCUCCAUUGAUCAUUCGAUCAUAGCGAAGAAGAGAUCGGUUUUGGGAGUUACUAUCGAUUGCGGAGCAGCAUGCGCAGUGCGUUGUAGCAAAUCGUGGAAGCCAAAGAUGUGCAAGAAGAUGUGCGGGGUGUGCUGCAACAAGUGUAACUGUGUGCCACCCGGCACAUCAGUGGAGACUCGCAUCACCUGUGCUUGCUAUGCCUCCAUGACCACCCCCUCCGGCAAGCUCAAGUGCCCUUAAUAAGUAGUUUCUGGUAGGACUUUUUCAAUUGGUUUCCUUGGUCCGCUACUGUCGUCACUUGAUCAUGUGAGUAUUGAGCAUGAGAUGGUUUUGAAUGUUGUUUAGACAAUAAAGAAUAAAUUCUCUUUGGUAUAUCAAUGAGUGGUAUCUGCGAGUUUAGUCAAUAUGUUGUACGAUUUCCCCUCUAAUUUCACUCUUUUUUUUUUGCCAUGAUUGAUCCAAUUUUCCAAAUUCAUGCUUCCAUGUCAUGAAUUGCUUUGUUCACAGAAAGAGUGAAAUAACAGUCCACUACAUCUAUUUAUACAAAAUGAGAUGAAGGAAGGCUGUUCAGUCCCAUAAAGACUUCCACCUCCCACUCCACCACUCCAACAAAAAAAAAAAAAAAAAAGGGAUCCGAGAUACAAUUUCAGACAA